AUGAACUUUUCUCUUGAAGUUAUGGAUAUAGGGAAAAAUAAUUUCAAUGGCACCAUUCCACAUGUGUGUGGUGGAAAUUUAAGGUGGUUUAUUUUGAAUGGAAAUCAAUUUGAAGGUAAGGUGCCAAGUUGCUUUUUCAAAUGCCCAGAAUUGGAAGUGCUUGAUCUAGGAAACAACCGCUUAACUGGUGCAUUCCCUGACCAGUUAGGACGUCUUCCAAAUCUGAAGGUUCUUGUCCUCAGAUCAAACAAGUUUCAUGGUCUGAUGGAAAGAAGCUCUUCUAUGAUCGAACACCCAUUUCCUAGUUUGAGUGUUCUUGACUUAUCUCAAAAUGAGUUUGGAGGCCAUCUCCCUGGAAAAUAUUUUCAAAAUUUUGAUGGUAUGAAGAAUGUGGUCAAAGAUGGCAAGAAUACAUAUUUGAGUACUUACAACUUUUACUCUAUCAUUGUUGUGGUGAAGGGUCAACAACUCUGGUUUGAGAAAAUUUCAAACGACUACACGAUUAUUGAUCUAUCCGGUAACAAAUUUGAAGGAGAGAUUCCAAACGAAAUAUGCACUCUUAACUCGUUAAUAGUGCUCAACUUAUCCAACAACCAUCUCAACGGUCGGAUCCCACGGGCUAUAGGUAAUCUCUCCGAGAUUGAAUCAUUAGACCUAUCCUGGAACCAACUAUCAGGAAAGAUUCCUCAAAGUCUUGCAGACAUCACAAAUCUUGAAGUCUUAAAUCUCUCGCAGAACCUUCUGGUUGGACGUAUUCCUGGUGGAACACAGUUGAGCACAUUCAACACUUCAUUCGAAGGGAAUCCGGGACUAUGUGGGUUUCCGCUACCCAAGAAGUGUGAACAUGCGAGUGCCCCACAGCUUGAAGUUGAUGGAGAAAAAGAGAGUGUAUUUACAUGGAAAGUGGUGAUGUUGGGAUAUGGAUGUGAAACCCUAGUUGGAUUGUUGUUGGGAUAUUUCAUGUUAUCAACAGGAAGGCCAAAGUGGUUGAAUGCAAUUGUUGAUGAAAUAGAGCAUGUGAUCCAGAGAAGGCAAAACAAGAGGAGAUAA